AUGGAUUCAGGCCUUGUCACGCCAGCUAUGCUCGAGUCGACCCAAGACACUUCACCACUGAACGGCGACACUCGUCCUAUCGAUCAACGCCUUUCGCAUGUUCCGGAGAAUCUACGGUCAUACUUACUUGACCUCGACAACAUUGCUCCUCAAGAGAUUCAGCCAGACCGUGAUCUGCAUGGUUUCUCAUGUUUCAGCCGGCAUCGGCAAGCUACAGAUCUCAGUGUCACCGCCGCACACUAUAAUGCUGAUGCAGACUGGGUCCGUGAACCUCUUCACGUCGAGGUCAUUCAGCCCCUGAGGGACGCCUGGCAGCAGUUUGUCAAACACUCAUUAAUACCGUGGGAAGCCGUCAAACACGAAUCCAAUGGUCGUGGCAUAGUCAUCAUCGGUGGGGGAACACCCAGUGUAAAGCGCAUCAAAGUGGAUGGGAUAGAGGGAAGCAAGGUGAUCUACUGCGGCCACACCUUUGGUCAGGCGUAUCCUGAUCAUGAAGACGGUGAUGGUGGCAGCGGGAUUGCCUUUCUCCAUGGCGGCGCCUUGAAGACGAUGAGCGCGCCUCUCUUGAGUCGUUUACUCAAGUUGAAUGGAGGCAUCUUCACACACUUCAAGCGUGUAUCUGCAACGAGUCUUGAAGAUUGGACAAGAGUAGAGCGUGGUGUUGCCAUCGAGCUCUGGAGCGCUGGAUUCUACUACAACUUCACCCAAGAUUACGAUUCAAGCGAUUUGAUCAUGUGA